AUGGCCGGAUGUAAGGUUUUCAGUCAUAUUGACCUCUCCGACGCCUACCUUCCAGUGGAGGUGGACCCUCGGGAUCAACCUCUCCUGACAGUCAAUACUCACAGGGGACUUUUCCGUUAUACUCGUCUCACGCCUGGUAUCAAGUCAGCUCCGGGUGCUUUCCAGCAGAUGAUGGACGCAGUGGUGAGUGGCAUUAGAAGAGCUUGUGGUUAUUUGGAUGACUUGUUAGUUGGUGGCCGGACGAAAGAAGAUCAUGACAAAAACCUAAAACAAGUGCUUAAACAUCUGAAAGAAUACGGAUUUACAGUGCGAAUAGGGAAGUGUAAGUUCAACAUGCAAGAAGUGGAAUACUUAGAGCAAAUUUUGGAUGGUGAUGGCAUCAGACCCGAUCCGGGCAAAACGUCAGCUAUCGCUUCCAUUCCACCGCCUCAAGAUGUGCCUUCACUCCGUUAA